AUGGUUUUCAGAUCCCCUUUAGAGCUUUAUCCCUCCCAUUUCUUCCUGCCAAACUUCGCUGAUCGCCCUCUGCUCCUGGCGAACAGCGCUCCCACCACCAGGUCUCCAGAAGACUUGUCCAUGUUUCAGCUACCGACCCUCAACUUCUCCCCGGAGCAGGUGGCGAGCGUCUGCGAGACGCUGGAGGAGACCGGGGACAUCGAACGGCUGGGCCGCUUCCUCUGGUCCCUGCCUGUGGCUCCGGGAGCGUGCGAGGCGAUCAACAAGCACGAGUCCAUCCUGCGCGCCCGGGCCGUGGUGGCAUUCCACACGGGGAAUUUCAGAGACCUCUACCACAUCCUGGAGAACCACAAGUUCACCAAGGACUCGCACGGCAAACUGCAGGCCAUGUGGCUGGAAGCGCACUACCAGGAGGCCGAGAAGCUCCGCGGUCGUCCCCUCGGACCGGUCGAUAAGUACCGGGUGCGGAAGAAGUUUCCGCUGCCUCGAACCAUCUGGGACGGCGAGCAGAAGACUCACUGUUUCAAAGAGCGGACACGGAGCCUGCUGAGGGAGUGGUACCUUCAGGACCCAUAUCCAAAUCCCAGCAAGAAAAGGGAACUGGCUCAAGCCACUGGACUCACUCCUACACAGGUCGGAAACUGGUUUAAAAACCGGAGGCAACGAGACAGAGCCGCGGCAGCCAAAAACAGGCUCCAGCACCAAGCAAUAGGACCGACCGGUAUGAGGUCCCUCUCAGAGGCCGGUCUCACCCCUCACAGCUCGGCAGAGUCGCCCUCAACCGCGGCCAGUCCCACCACCAGCGUUUCCAGUAUGACAGAGAGAGUUGAUACUGGGACGUCCAUCCUGUCCGUCACAUCCAGUGACUCGGAGUGCGAUGUAUGA